AUGUCGGCAUACACGGUGAAAACAAUCAGCACCGACCUCGCCAGUGGGCUAGUCAAAACACGGGAUAAGGCCUUGGAUGACCUAAAUCAGCUUCUGAGCCGCAACAAUGCCGGCGCUGUUGAUUUGUCGGAGCUGGGGGACAAGGCCUAUCACGAUAUAUUUGAGGCGCUUUUCAAGACAGUUCUCGAGCAGAAACCGAAAUAUUAUGACAGAAAGACUUCCAAACCCGCCGAACUUCGCCUGAACAAAUGUGCCCGAGCUGUGAGGGCGGCAGCCGCCCGUGGAGCCUCCAAGCUCAAACAGAAGACGCUAUCCGCCAUCAUCGAUCACAUCACUCAAGUUUUGCCGGGACCUGGUGAUGGUUUCGUGCGCCCACUACUGAGCGACUAUGUCAAGGCUCUCACGGAGUUGCUAUCCCGGUCUGCGAACGUGGAAUUCUUUUCGCGCAAGGACGGCCAUUUGUGGCAAAUCUGCGUGGACUUCCUGCUCGAUGUCAUUUCUAAUCGCAUUCCACAGGUUGGUCCCAUAGACCAAGGCUUGGUUGGUCGCAAUUCACCUGGUCCCAGCACACCACAUUCAACAUUACGGUCCAAUUCUGGCUCUCUCCUGAGCCAAAAGCCAACCGAACUCACCGACGGAGAGCCGGCCCGAGAUGCCCUCGAGGGCCUGCUUUGCCUUGCAACUGCUUCUAAUGCACACAUAUUGAGCCGUUACCAAGAUAUUGCCAAUGCGGCCCUGAGAGUACUACGUCUUCGCAACCUAAGCCUCGGCUCUUUGCAGACAAUGAGUUUUGCCAUCAUCAACAGCAUCAUGUCGGCAACGCAAUUAGAUGAUCCAAGCUACACAGGUAAACUUGUUCAGGAUCUUCUACCUUUGAUGGCUCAUUGGUGGAGAGCAGACAAGGUAUCACAAGACGAUACGAUCAAGUCGUUGCGGAACGAGAUUCUCCGAACCAUGCUACUCUCGCAGUUGCACAUUGAGCAUUUGGCAGUCAACAACUGGAAUGAGAACGUCAGAGAAGGUGUUGUAUACUUGCUAGAGCCCUUGUGGCAGGAAUACUCGAAAAGAAGCUCAAGCAACCAACUCAGACUUCGCAACGUCACAUUCACAACAAACCUGCUCCCGGAAGACUAUCUGCAGAUAGGAAUUUUCGGACUGGAUCCGUUGGAUAUGGAAGCAGAGAGCCAUUGGGAGCCGAGCAGCCACGAAAGAGACGCCGGGUUGAACAAGCAGAAAAUCGCAUUCGCACACGGCUCAGAAACCGGAAACCCGAGAUAA